GGCGAAAAUCAGAUACAACUGGAAAAUUAUACUCCUUGGCGCAUUUCACAUAAAUGCGAAAGGGAUAUUUAUCAAAGCAAGCUUUCAGCAUAGCCACACAAGUUUCAAAAUAAUUGAGGAGAGCUGUUUUACGUACACCCUACACACAUACGUUAUAUAUAUCUUCAUCAUAAAUAUCUCAUCAAAGUCUUCUUUCAAAAAAUAAAUUAGCUAAGAAAUAAUAUACAUGGCAGCUUACGCAGCUCUAAUUUCUGUUAUGAAUAUCAUAGAGCAGAUCCAGCUUCAUCCUCACCCUCCAAUUUCUCUCGACCAAUUUCAGAUUGAACCUCUCGUUAAAAACGUGACUUUCUUUCUCGACUUUCUUGAAUGUUAUUCCCAGUUAAUUAGCAGCCAAGACACAUACCACUUAUUGGAGAGUCGCAUUGCAAACACAACUUAUGCGGUCCAAGACAUAAUCGAAUCCCACAUAGUCGAUCAAAUCCACGGGGCGAAUAUCGGUUCGGAUAAAGAAUUCUAUAACGGUCUAACGGAAGUGAUACAAGAAAUGGAUUUUAUCAAGAAAGAAGUUAUGCAGAUGAAAGAGAAUAACAUGGGAUUAUUUCUGCAUAAAGAUUCAUCGACGGUUGAUAUUGGUCCGUUAAGAUCUCGUUUCACGGGACAAAAUGCAACGGUGGGAUUCGAUGACGUCAUGGAAGAGAUGAUGGAUAUGCUGACCGGACGACAAUCCACUCGCCAGAUCAUUCCAAUUGUAGGUAUGGGCGGCAUUGGUAAGACUACGCUUGCUCGAAAUCUUUACGGAAGUCGACUUAUAGUUAGACACUUUGAUAUGCUUGCUUGGGCUACAAUAUCUCAAGAAUAUAGUAUGAGAGGAAUCCUUUUAGAGAUUCUUCUUUGUAUUAAAAGCCAAGAGAGUAAGGAAACUUAUAGUGCAAUGAGGGAAGAUGAAUUAGGCCUUGUGUUGCAUAAAACUUUAAUAGGUAGAAGGUAUUUGAUUAUAAUGGAUGACAUGUGGAGUAUCGAGGCGUGGGAAUUGGUGAAGUUCUUCUUUCCGGAUAACAAUAACGGAAGUCGAAUAAUUGUAACCACUAGGCUAAGAAUUGUGGCUUCUCAAUUAACCGACUCUUGUGGCAUUGAGAUGAGUUUUCUAGACGAUGAUCAAAGUUGGAACCUACUUUGUAGAAAUGUUUUUGGAGAACAAGAUUGUCCUAAUCUUGAAUUGGAGGAAAUUGGUAAGGAGAUUGCGAAAAGUUGUAAAGGGCUUCCUUUGUCGAUUGUGGUGAUUGGAGGACUUUUAGCAAAGUCGGAACGUACGCGAGAAUAUUGGGAGUACGUUUUAGAAAAUAUAUCCUCGAUUGUGAAUUUAGAGGACAAUGAGCGUUGCUUGAGAAUACUAAACAUGAGUUAUGACCAUUUGUCCGUUCAUCUGAAGCCAUGUUUUCUGUAUCUGGGAUCGGUUUUUCCCGAGGAUGAUAAAAUUCGCGUCUCGUGGCUCAUCAAACUAUGGGUUGCUGAAGGAUUUCUGAAACCGAAAAGUGGGAAAAGCAUGGAAUUAGUUGCGGAAGAGUACUUAAAGGACCUUAUUGAGAGAAACCUCGUUUUAGUUCAUACUCGAGGGUCUAGUGGAAAAAUAAAGUUUUGCAUCAUCCAUGACCUAUUGAGGGACCUAUGCUUAAGACAAGCCGAGAAAGAGAAGUUCGUUUGUGUCUUCACGAGGAAUAAUCAUAGUUCGCUUGAUGCGCGACAAAUAGAAACACAACAUCGAAUUUGUAUUCAUCGAGGCAAGUGGGAGGAGGAACUAGAUAUCCCUCGAAUGAGUCAUGCGGUGCAAUCUGCAUCGCUAACUCGCUCUAUGAUAUGCGAUUUUAAGGAAGUUCUGCCAUCACUCAACAUGAGAUUGUUGAGGGUACUUAAAUCGAAUGAUCGAGCUUUACAUUAUGGAGAUAUAUAUUCAAUAGAAGCAAUCUUUCAGCUAGUUAACUCACGGUACCUUGCUUUUAGAGUCGAUUGGAUGCAGAUUUCUAAGUAUCUUUCUUCACUCCACCAUAUUUGGAAUCUACAGACACUAAUCGUGUACGGUGCAUGGAAUACAAUAGCACCACCAGAAAUUUGGAAGAUGCAUCAACUUAGGCAUAUCGAGUUCAUAAUGCUUGAUCUCCCCGAUCCUGAAAUGGAUGGACGAGAUCAAGACAAAAUAAUUGUUUUGGAGAACCUACAAACACUCCUCCAAAUAAGGAACUUCAAAUGUAGUGAAGAGGUGGUGAAGAGGAUCCCAAAUGUCAAGAAACUUCGAUUAUAUUAUCAGGAUGUCGAGGAAUUGUCAAGUUUUUGUCUGAACAAUCUUUGUCGUCUUGAAAAACUCGAAUCCCUCGGCUGCUACUUUGCCCCGGAAAAGGAGCCGAUUAUUAGGAACCAUAUGCUGCAGAAUCUCGACUUCCCACAUUCACUCAAGAAAUUGUCAUUGUAUCGGACACGCCUCCAUUGGGGAGACAUGGCAAUAAAGAUAGGUUCGUUGCCGUUUCUUCAAGUGCUCAAACUGGAGUCGAAUGCUUUCUGCGGAGAUGAGUGGGAAACGAUUGAAGGGCAGUUCAGUAAUUUGAAGUUCUUGCUUAUUGAAGGCUGUGGUGAACUAAGGUAUUGGAGGACAGAGAGCUCACAUUUCCCAUGCCUUGAGCAACUUUCUCUUCGAGAUUUGUAUAUAUUGGAGGAGAUCCCUUGGGAUAUCGGAGAAAUACCAACGCUCGAAACUAUUGUGCUAAAAUAUUGCAGCCAUUCUGCAGUCAUUUCUGCUAAGGAAAUAGUAGAGGAACAACUCGAAAAUGGGAACGAAGACCUUCGAGUUAGAGUUUAUUUUUGGAAACACUACCAACUGGAGAACUUGGUAACUACUCCAAACUUUCAAGUUGAAAUUCAUUGAUAUCAAGUCUUCUUCUAUUUGUAAAACAUAUGAAAAAAAAAAUUGGAAGGGAAAGAAAUGUAAUAAUAUAGACUCAUCUUUGAUUCGCUGGAAA